AUGUCCACCAACUUCUCCCCGUCCCGUGCCUUUCAUCCGCCCUUCAAUGCCUCCAUCGCUUAUUUUUUCUCAGCAUGCCACAGCUCAGUGGGCAGCAUCGCUGCCUACACCACCUACACCCUGAUCAACGUGGUCCUCCUCCCGCUCUACGUCUUCAUCCUGUCCACGGGUGUCCGCCGAUGGAGGCGGCAGUGCUCGGCCGCUGCCCGGGAGACAAUGAGCCACUCCGACUUCUUCACCUACAACAUGGCCGUCUUUGAGAUCAUCAACGUUUUUGGAUCCAUCCUGUUUACUCUGAGCAACUUCCACGGAAAUGAGGCAUUGGCCUUGGCAGGAAUCCUUCUGUUCAGUGUCUGUUUUCCUGCAGCAGCUGUAUUUCAUGUCCUGACUUGUGUGGACCGCUACCUGGCUGUAGUCUUCCCCAUCAAAUACAUGCAGCUGAGCAGGAGACACGGGAUCUGGAUCAGGAACAUCUGUAGCGUCCUUGUCUGGAUGAAGUCCUUGUGCUGGGUGGGGACCAUGGAAUUGUAUUUGCCAAACUUUCCCAUCGCCUUGUUUCUGUCAUCCUUAGCCGUCUGUAUAUUUGUCAUUCUCUUCUGCUGCCUGUCUGCUCUCUGGGUUUUGACCCGCAAAAGACCAAGGGAGAUGGGCAGGAACCAGGGGAAGGUCGACCCGACCAAGCAAAGGGCUUUCAAUAUGAUUCUGUUCAUUCUGGUGGCGCUGAUCCUUCGGUUUCUUGGGCUUAUCCUCUGUUUGGGGUUAGAAAGUCUGAUUUCUGUUCAUUCUGAAUACUCCUGUGUGUUGACGGACUCAUCAAUCUGCCUGACGGUGCCCAGCAGUCUGGUUCUGCCGCUGCUGUUUCUGCACCGAACCGGAAAACUGUCUGUUUGCAGGAAGAACUCUGGAUGA